AUGACAGUAGCUUACAACAACAUUAAUGAAAGUAAUAAUAUUAUAAUUAAUAAUAAUACAUUAAUAUCUGAUAGUAUACAUGUGUGACAAUAAUCAUAUGCGUAUAAUAACAGUAGAGGUAUGACUAAUGAUAACAGCAGCAGCAGGAGGCAUCUGGCAGGACCACGGCAGCAGCACAACCACACACGUCACACUAUCCAGGCACUGCUGCAAUACAGAGAACUGAACCAGGACUUUGUGGACUGGUGCCUGAGGAACCACCUUCAGAUCAACGCGGGGAAAACCAAAGAGCUGAUGGUGGAUUUCCGCAAGCGCAGACUCCUCCCCCCAACACUGGUGAACAUCCAGGGAAAGGACAUUGAGAUGGUGACAUCUUGUAAGUACCUGAGUGUUCAUCUUAACAAUAAACUGGACUGGACUGAUCACAUAACAGCACUGUACAGGAAAGGCCAAAGCAGACUCUACCUGCUGAGGCGGCUCAGGUCUUUUGGAGUGCAGGGGGCGCUCCUGAAGACCUUCUUUGACACUGUGGUGGCAUCAGCCAUCUUUUACGGAGUGGUCUGCUGGGGCAGCAGCGUCUCGGCUGCAGAUAGGAAGAGACUGGACAAGCUGAUCAAGAAGGCCAGCUCUGUCCUGGGAUGCUCUCUGGACUCUGUGCAGGUGGUGGGAGAAAGGAGGAUGACAGCCAAGCUGUCAUCUCUGAGGACUAAUGACUCCCAUCCUCUGCAGGAGGAGAUAAAAGCUCUGGAGAGCUCCUUCAGCGAUAGACUGAUUCACCCAAAGUGUGUGAAGGAACGCUAUCGCAGGUCCUUCCUGCCUGCUGCUGUCAGGCUACAUAACCAGCACUGCUCACAGUAAACUUCACCAUGGACACUUUAGGGACACUAUGGACACUUUAUGGACACCAUAAUAAGCAUAACUGUCCCCCAUGUUGUUUAUUUGCACAUACAAUAUUCACUUUGCACUAAAUAUGUUCACUAUAAUCCAUUGCUCACUUUUUAUUCACUGCUCAUUAUUAUUAUUAUUAUUUAUUGCUGUUUCUUGUAUUUUUUGUACUCUUUUUGCAUGCCUAGUUUGUUUUACGUUUUUAAAUUUUGAAAUCUUUAAUCUGAUUCUUUCCCCUUGACUGCUGUAACACUGGAAUUUCUCAAUUGUGGGAUCAGUAAAGGCGUAUCUUAUCUUAUACGAGUUAACCUGAGAGACAGUGGAGCACAAAGGCUCCGGAGAAGAAGCCGAGUUAGUGACAUCCAGAAUGGCCGAGUUAGCAAGAUGCAGCAAUAGGAGAGAGAGAGAGAGAGAGAGAGAGAGAGAGAGAAGGUGCCUGGUGUAUUAUAGGGGAUCCUCCGGCAGACUAGGCCCAAGUCAGCCUAACUAGGGGCUGGUACAAGGCAAGCCUGAGCCAGCCCUAACUAUAAGCUUUAUCAAAGAGGAAAGUCUUAAGUCUAGUCUUAAAGUGGAGACGGUGUCUGCCUCCCGAACUGUAACAGGAAGAUCAUUCCAUAGGAGAGAAGCCUGAUAGCUGAAGGCUCUGGCUCCUGAUCUACUUUUGGAGACUUUAGGGACCACGAGUAACCCUGCAUUCUCCGAGCGUAGAGUUCUAGGUCUCUCUCUCUUCAGCCCAAACUACUCUCCUUAUAUAUGAUUUCUUAUCUCCAAAACCUAGACGGAGAGGCAUCCCUGUCCAGCUGGUCAGUCAGACAUCACCUAAGGCUACAUAAAUUAGAACAACAUCUAACCUAUAAAGCCUAACCUAGCUUUUAACCUCUGACCUGGCUUUUAACCUUUGACCUAAGAAAAAACAUAGGUUCACAUUCCACAGAACAUCAGAACAUCACAUUCCAUAAAACAGGUGAGGACAAGAUACUUCAAUGAGCAAGGCCCAGAGAGGAAUUGGUAGUAGUACCAAGGGAGCCAAGCACCAGCUACUGGUCAAUAGAGCAGUCACCCAAGACUGCAAGACUAGGCAGACCAACCUGUGUAGCACCUGGAUCGAUGACAAGAAAGCUUAUGACUCAAUUCCGCACACAUGGAUACUGGAAUGCUUGGAAAUGUACAACAUGACCAGGACAACAGAGCCUUCAUCAAGAAUUCAGUGGGGCUGUGGAAAACAACUCUGGAAGCCACCUCAAAGCCAAUUGCACAAGUUACCAUCAAUUGUUGCAUAUACCAAGGUGAUGCACUGUCCCCGCUACUGUUCCACAUAGGCUGGAAACCCCUCAGCCAGAUCAUCAUGAACAGUGGCUAUGGAUACCGGUUCUGAAGUAGAGCAACCAUCAGUCACCUCCUCUACAUGGAUGACAUCAAGCUGUAUGCCAGGAAAAAGCAAGACAAUAGCCAUGUUUCCAUCAGCCUGUUUAGAUGCGCAUCUAGAAGUAUUGCAUCGGAAAAUUAUGAUGGAAGCGCCAAAAUUCUAAUUAAAAUCCCCUGAUUCGCACAAACUAAAAAAUGCUCGCUUUAGCCCGGUUUUGGUUGGUUCGAAAAAAUGUUGAUUUGCAAAACGGCGGAUGGAAACAGUUAUGUUCGAAUUAAGUCUGACGCAGCACACCUCUCUCCAUGGUGAUAUCCACACUCCGGGUCUGGAAGGCGGUAAUGCAUUUACAAGCUGGUUGCCAACCGCCAGAAAACGUAGAAGAAGAAUAAUGCGAGACUUGUUUUGUUUCCGGUUCUGCGGAAAACUCGCUCAAGGUCGUAGUUUUCACCAAAGUCCGUACAUUUAAUGGAAACACACAGUUUUCGUAUUUCUUUUAAUGUGCAUUUCCCAAUGAUUCGAAUCACUUUUGGAUGGAAACAUAGCUAUUGACUCACUGAGCCAUCUCACCAGGCUCUACAGCAAUGACAUCAGAAUGUCAUUCAGACUACUGUAGAUAUGUGUGGUCAGAUGGUGUCAAAGAGAGGGAAGAUCCAUCAGAACCAAGGGGGUUGAACUACCGGAGGGCAGCAUUGCAGAUGUUGGAGCCUCUCCCGCAUGUUCCUGAAACAAUUUAGUAAUUCUGAUUUUUACAGUCAGUUUCAGCAUAAUUUGAAAUUCUCUAAAACACUGCCGCUACUUGUUUUUUCCUCGAG